GGUAACAGUUGUACACCAAACAUCACUCUUUUCUUAUUUAGUGAAUUGAUCAGAAUUACUUUUUUGCAGGUUGCAUCAUUUUUUGCCCCAGAAGUAAUGGUGGAUGGAAGUGCCCAUGGUUUGAGUAUAAAGCUGAGAACAAGUUUAAAACGAAUAUCAGACAAUCUUAUUCAACAUUUGGAGUCUGCUGAGAUGAUGAGUAAUGGAAGUGAUAUGAAGGUUCAACACCCUUACUUGUCACCACUUGUGGAUCUCUCUCGAGUUGAUACCAUGUUUGGCUUGUCUGAGAGAAUAAUUGCUACAGAAUCCCUAGUGUUUUUAGCUGGUCAGUUUGAAUUUCUUCAUCCCCAUCUUGAGUCAAUGAUACCUGCUAACAAACGAGCAUUUCUUUCACAGUUUUAUUCCCAGACUGUGAAUACUGCUCAGGAACUCAGGCGGCCAGUUUACAGAAGUGUUGGCUCAAGAGUAAUUGAUUAUGAUCAGACACUUCAGCUGAUGACUGGAGUGCGAUGGGACAUUCGGGACAUCAUGUCACAACACAAUGCCUAUGUGGACAUUCUUGUGCGGGAAUUACAAGUUUUCAGUAUGAGACUGUCUCAACUAGCCAAACAAAUUCCUGUUCCUCAGGAGGCUCACUCAGUAUUGUGGGAUCAUUGUAUUCGCCUCGUGAACAGAACCUUUGUUGAAGGAUUUGCAAGUGCCAAAAAGUGUAGCAACGAGGGCCGAGCAUUGAUGCAACUUGACUAUCAACAAUACCUCAUGAAACUGGAGAAACUUACAGAUAUUCGACCAAUCCCGGACCGAGAGUUUGUAGAAACAUAUGUCAAGGCAUUUUACCUCACUGAGAAUGAAAUGGAAAGAUGGAUCCGAGAACACAAGGAAUACUCUGCUAAGCAGCUGACAAGUCUGGUGACAUGUGGUGUCGGUUCACAUGUCACCAAAAAAGGAAAACAAAAACUGUUGUCCAUUAUUGAAGAUAUGGAACGCUCCAAAGCUCGGUAGCAGGAGGACUGGCUUUCAUGGUCUGCAUUUCAUUGCUAAUUCAAGAAAUUGUGCGAUAGCAAUGACGAUGUAAAAAGAGAACGAGGAGGAACUCAAUUUUUUUUUAGCCGGAGCUGUAUGAUAAGAAGUGCGAAGAAGAAACGAUUGGAUGGACUAAAAGUUUUCUUAAAAAUAGUGAAAUGUUUUUGGUAAACUUAAAUCAGGCAGAGAAAUGUUGAAUUGGCCUUCAACGAACGUUUACUUCAUUUGUUACAGAAACUUUAUAGUCUUGUAAGGGCCAGUAAA